AUGGCCAGGCCAGGGUUUUGGGGCCUCCCCGUUGGACCUCUCCUGCUCCUGCUCCUGCUGCUGCCACCGCCGCCCCAAGCCCUGACAGAAGGACCCCUGGUGUUUGUGGCUGUGGUGUUCCGCCACGGCGACCGGGCCCCGCUGGCUUCCUACCCCACCGACCCACACAAGGAGGCCAUCACUGCUCUGUGGCCGAGAGGCCUGGGCCAGCUGACUACGGAGGGGGUCCGCCAGCAGCUGGAGCUGGGACGCUUCCUGAGGAGCCGCUACGAGGCCUUUCUGAGCCCGGAGUAUCGGCGGGAGGAGGUGUAUGUUCGCAGCACCGACUUUGACCGCACGCUGGAGAGCGCUCAGGCCAACCUGGCGGGGCUAUUUCCCGAGGCUGCCCCAGGGCGCCCAGAGGCUGCUUGGAGGCCCAUCCCUGUGCACACGGUGCCGGUGACUGAGGACAAGCUGCUGAGGUUCCCCACACGCAGCUGUCCUCGAUACCAUGAGCUGCUGAGAGAGGCCACGGAAGCUACGGAGUACCAGACUGCCCUGGAGGGCUGGACAGACUUCCUGACUCACCUUGAGAACUACACGGGGCUGUCAUUGGUCGGAGAGCCACUCCGCAGGGCGUGGAAGGUUCUGGACACGCUGAUGUGCCAGCAAGCCCAUGGUCUUCCCCUCCCAUCCUGGGCCUCCCCGAAUGUCCUCCGGACCCUAGCCCAGAUCUCAGCUUUGGAUAUUGGGGCCCAUGUGGGUCCACCCCGAGCAGCUGAGAAGGCCCAGCUGACAGGGGGGAUCCUGCUGGAUGCCAUUCUUGCCAACUUCUCUCGGGUCCAGCGCCUGGCACUGCCCCUCAAGAUGGUUAUGUACUCAGCUCACGACAGCACUCUGCUGGCCCUCCAGGGAGCCCUGGGUCUCUAUGACGGGCACACCCCACCGUAUGCUGCCUGCCUCGGCUUUGAAUUCCGGAGGCGCCUUGGGGACCCGGACGAAGAUGCAGGGAAUAUCACCAUCUCUCUUUUCUACCGAAACGACUCCACCGGCCUGCCCCUGCCCCUCAGCCUUCCCGGGUGCCCAGGCGCCUGCCCACUAGGCCGCUUCCGCCAGCUCACCGCCCCGGCCCGGCCUCCGGCUCAUGGGGUCCCCUGCCAUGGCUCCCAUGAGCCUGCCACCCCUGCAGCCACUGUGGUGCCCCUGCUGGCUGGGGCAGUGGCAGUGCUGGCAGCACUCAGCAUGGUGCUGGGCCUGCUGGCCUGGAGACCCAGCUGCCUGCGGGCCUUGGGGGGCCCCGUGUGA